GAGGCAGUCGGAGCCACAUGAGCUGACAUGAGUGCUGGUGAAGUUCAGGUGUGAGCAAACGGGGGAGGGGAGUGCGGGGGCCAGCGUGCCGCUUCAGGCCGUCUGGGCCUCGCCCACUGCGGGACAAAGCUGCCCGGUGCCAGCCGACCGCCCGUCUGCCUGGAGAAACGCCAUGUUGUCCUACAGCGGGAAGCCCAGCGAGGCAGCAGCCAAAGGGAGCCGGAGAGAGGUGACGUGCUGCUCCUCAGGCAGCAGACGGGCCGCGGGGCGAUUGUCCAAACACCGGAGGCCCUCAGCCCCUCUGUACGUCAAACACCACAAAGGUGCUGCUGCUCCUUAACAGGGGGCCGCAUGUGCUGCUUACCACAUGCUGUAUAAACAAACACUGUUAAUAUAGCAGUCCAGCAGCAGGCCCCCCCAGGAAGGGGCAGGGCAGGGCAGCCAUCUUUAUGUAUCGUGCCUUCAUAGGGUUAAACAUAUCCAAAGCAUUGGGACACCCACAUACACAGAAACACAACAUGAAUAUGGAAGCGCCAGCCAGCUGAACUGCAAGCAAACCCGAUAUACUGAGACCAGAAACCGUGGAGUAUAAAGGCAGCGGACAUUAAAUUAUGGGAUGGAGGAUGUGAUGAUGAGUAGUGAUACUAAACAGCGAAGGAAGGACACAGACGCCCACCACCACCCUAAGCCACAUGGGCCACCCACCCACAAGCAACGCUCAUCACACGUCACACUAUGAAUGUUUAAAACUACAUUAUGAAGCGAGGUUCACCCAAAAGCCAGGAUGUCAUUUCACAUUUGUUUAUUUAACAGACACUUUUGUCCUGACUGACAUACAAGCAAGGCAGGUAGUACAAGCAUACAGCCGCCAGCAUGGAUGCAGAUGCUGCUAGGCAGCCCUAACAAUGACGUGAUGCACAAGGGGCAAGAGCCAAACAGGCUGUAACUGCAGAGACUAUACAAAUAUAAAGCUAUUCAAACAGCAUCAAGAGAAGCAGGCAGAGUGUAAGUGUGAAAUACAGGAAGAGCAGUCAGUCAGAAGGAACAGAGAAUGCAAACAGAGCCCCAGUGAGGGUCCGUGUCAGGGACAGAGCCCUGGUCUAAGGGUGAGGCUGUUUAAAGCUUUACCUGAGGCGACGUUCCCUAAAAGUGGCAGUGGACUCUGCUGAGCAAUAACUCACUCUGACCUGAAAGCAGGGGCAGGCUGGUACCACGACAUUAUGUGCGGGGGAGUGUGGUCAAUGCUGCGAUUCUCCACCAGACCAGACGGAUGUUCCACAAAUUAAGAUCUCAGAUAGAUGGGUUAACUUAAGCUAGAAGUCAUGAUUGUCCAAUAGGAAAGCUCCUUGCGUAAACUUUUACGCAAGGAGCGUAGGUUAGGUUAAUCCACCUAAGAAAUCCUACUUUGUGGAACACCCCCAAAAGAGGGCAGAUGUACUGCAACAAACACAAAUACAAACAGUGAAGUGAAUCGGUAAUGGAUUUUUAUGAGUAGUUUUAAAGUUGUUAGUCUAGGAUUGAGCACUACUAAUAAUAACUGAUACUUUAUUGAUCCCCAUGAGGACAAAUUUAACCAGACCCCAGCAAAUUGUAUUGGCAAGAUUUCAAAAUGGAAUAGUGUUGCUUAUGAGAAUACCAUAUACCACGAUAUAAUGUCUGGACAGUAUAAAUUAUCGGGACAUUACAUACCUUUGCACCUCCUACAACAAUAAUUCAUCUUCCUCUACUCUUGGUUGACCUCAACUCUGUAAAAGUCAGUGCUGCCACAUGCUGGAAACCCCUAAUCAAUUUCUUUGCACAUAUGCAGUUCAAGCACAUGGACACGCAUGAUCUCUGUAGGACAGAAAAAAAUCUGGAUUACAUGCGCACCAUCCACAGCCGUCUGGCACAAACCCCUGGUGACAAACAUCGUCAUCUGACCCUGUAUGUGACUGAAAAUGUAUGUGGAAAAGCGGAGCAUGAAUUAGCCAUUAGUGCAAGGUGAUGCUGGCAUGAUUAUCUUGGUGAAAAUCUGACAGCCUCACUGCGCAUGGGGCUGUGGGAGGAGGGAAACGUGGAAGGUCUGCUCUAGUUAAAUGUCUUAAGCUCUGGUUCAGCCUAAACGCCAAGAUGCCAAAGUCAUGGAGCUGAUGAUCAACAUGCCAAAAACAGACAUGACAGUGACUGCGGUCUGAAGCCAGUCAGUACGAUUGGGCAGCACGUAACCCAGCUGCGAGCCCUGCCAUGAGAGUACACUCCCACUUGCUUUACUAAGGGAGAACAGAAAUGUAUUAGAAUGACUUCAGUAGGUGGUGGCUUGUAGUCUGGAUGAAUCCUUACACAAAGAUGUAAAAUGUUCAUAUUGUAUAUAACUAAUGUAUGAGAGCGAAAAAAAAUAUGAACCAUAUAGUGAAGAUGGACAAACUUGACAUGACUGAGGGUUUUGCGGGGGUAGCGAGUGUCGGUGAUCACCUGCGGCCACAAGCCUGACUGUCACAGACUCAUGUGCUGCUCCUCUCCAUCACUGCCCAACACUGCUGUCGGCGUGGGCCGUUCUUCCAGCCUUCAGCGCGGCCGGUCCUCCCCUUCCAGCAAAGCAGUCAUUCAGGUUCUCCGCCUGUGUACAUGUUCAAAUUUAAGGGGGGUGUUUUAUUCAAAAACUGGGUAUGACACUGAGGUUUUUAAAAUGGAGCUUUGGAAAGGAAGGGCUGUCAGGUUCCUGCCCCACACACACACACACACACGCCUGGGAGACACAUGCUGAAGACAUCGCUGUCCACCUCGCAGGACCAGGAGUGCGGCCAGUGUGAACACACACAUAUAUAUAUGUGUAUGUGUGUGUGUGUAAAACCCUUUUAAAAAGUAUAACCAAUCAAAAUGCAAACCACACUUCCUGCUAAUUGCCCAAGGGAAGCAGUCUGUGGGAUGUUAUUCAUAACAUUCCCCCCCCCCCCCCAGUUUGGGAGGGGUGAGCUGUGCGUUAAACUUCCAUUCCCUACACCCACUUGUCAAACACUGUGCCAUACUGCAGCCAGUGCCCCCCCCCAAAACCGCAUGAAGUCAGCAUGCAGUCCAAGUGGUUCAGAGUGACUUAACCUUUCCAGCCUGUCUUGGCCAAUGGGGAUGUGUGUGUGCGUGUGUUUGGGUUGGGGGUAGAGUUUUGUACAGCGUGUGUCAGUAUCUCCCCCUCCCAACCUCUGCUUUUACAUUACCACAAAAAAAGUCUAUAUGUACCUUGUAUUGAAAUGUAUAGAUUGUGAAAUCUGUCACUGUCAGAAAGAUUACAAAAUAUAAAUUUAAAGUGUAAAACUGAGAAAUGUACAAAAUAUGAAAGAGAAACUCUAGAAAGAAAAGUAAUAUUUUGUUUGUAAUUGUUAUGGAGGAGGGAUACCAGACAAAAUAUCCAAUGUAAUAAUUUUAGUAAAAAAAAAAUUGAGAGAACUUUCCUGUGUCUUAAGCACCUUCACAUUUCAUACCUAGUACCCCUCCGUGGCUCUUCCAAACGCUUUGGCGCCAUCCCGUGGUCAUAUAGCGUUAAUACAUAAUUCCAUCUUAGCUGACCCGUAUGACGCUCACCUGAGGCAAAGCCUGGUCACCAUGUAUUAACUAAAUACACGCCACUAUUUGAAGGCAAACUGUAUUUAGUAUUAAAGGAUUCGAUGACCUGAGUAUUUUGCAAAAGGGACCGAGUAUUGAUGAGCUGCGAAACAUUUAACCUCUACUCAAGAUGCCUUGAAGAAGCAGUGCCAGUCAACCCAUUAGGCGACAUACGCGGCCGCCUAGGACACCUUGUUCUGAGGGGGCGCCGACUUAGCAAAACAAUUUCAAUUUGUCCCGGACGGUGGGCGCCGGCGGCACAUGGACUUCGACAGGUACUGCUGAUGAACGGUGGGUCUGGCCUAAAAUCAGCGACCACAAUCUGUCAUUUUCGCCGUAUCCGUAUCAUUUUAGCAAAAUUUUAAUAGCCGUUUUAAAAUGUUUUUCUCUUUUAGCCUGCAUGGUCAGCAAAUCUUAACAAGCGACAGUGAUUUCAUUUCUUAUUAUGAACUCUACUGCUCAGUUAUUCAUCAGCAUAAUUAUGACGAUGUGGCAUUUGGGAGUUAAACUUCGACACAGCGGAGAGAGUCGAGGACAACUAAUGGAAUUAUAUAGCAGUAAAACGCGCAGGUAAAAAUCCCAUUAUCCCGAAGUGAUUUGGCCCGUAUGGGCCGCCGUCAGCGUCAAAAUCGGCGUACGUGUACGACACUGACAGUGGACAGUGUUUGGACUCAACGGCGUCCUACCCGCGUCGGACUAGUAGGGGAGAGGCGAUCAGCUUUUCUAAAGUAUUGGCGCACGGCACAGGCGGAUUUGCCGGGACACCAGUUCCGUGCUGGGAUUUCUUUCAACGGCUGUCAGUAAAUGGUGUGCGCCAUUUCAGAAAUGAAAACGUCGCUUGAAGCAUAAAGUAACAGGGGGCGAAAAGGAGAAAAACAUACAUUGUCUUAUAUCGUCUUGUGCACUGCAAAGGCACAUUUUUUAAAACUUCGCAUUUUAAUACUCUUUAAACUGCAUUUUUACUGGAUUCUGCGUUAAUCUGUUUCACUGCGAGACGAAAGGAUUCUUACGUUAAGGCUUUUUCACUUAACUGUGGUUUGGAACCCCGGGACGGCGUCAGUUUCUCUAGCGUGUAUCAUGAAGCUGACCUGUCCACGGGAAAACAUACAUGUUAGUAGCCGAGUCGCUUGGAGGAGAUGAUCAUGGCCGUGUGGCGUGCCCUGCUGCUCUGCCUGACCCCGUCCCUUUGCCGCCCCGGGGGGACCAUAGGGCAGCAGUGCGACGAUGUGAAGCGUCUGGCGGAGAAAGACCUGAUCCCAGACUCCAUGCUUAGAUGUUCCGGACCAUCCUGGCCGGAGCCCAGUCAGAUACUCCCCAGUAUUGACAGCAGUUACACGCCGCAGCCGCCGCUGCCCGUCUGCAUGGACUCGCCCAUAUCUUACAGUCACACCAUCCCCAACAGUGGGGCUCACCGGCCUGUCGGAGCACGAAGUGGGGAUUACCUGUACUGCCCACCGCAGCGCUGGAUGCACAACCUGCGGCAUGGAGCCGCUGUGCUGCUGUACCAUCCCUGUGCCUCCAUUUCCCAGCAUUCCCGCCUGUCACUCUUCGCCCGUUCCUGUUUGUCCCAUUACAUCAUCACUCCUUUCCCACAGCUCAGCAUACAGAGACCACUCGCCAUCGUCACCUGGGGGCGUACACUGCAGCUGUCCCAUGUAGGUGCAUCAGAAGCCUGUGAUUGGCUGGGCCAGAAUGCAAAAGCAGCUGUCCAGACCAAGGCUAGAGGGAGCUACAGCCUGCUUCUGACACGGCCAGCAGACUCCAGAAUGCUCUGGGCCACAGGACAGGAGGACACACAGCGGGCUCUGAGGCGAUGCUGCUUGGAGACACUCUCCCUGCCUGUGGGGAACAGAACUGCAAGAGGGAAGAUGGGGUGGAAGCAAAAGAGGUGGCGAAGGGAGCUGGUCAGCCAAGGAGCAGCAGGAAGUACAGCCAGGGGAGCAGCGAAGGAGAGCAGCGCCACGGGUGGGAUGAAGGUCCAACAGCUGCCUGGGCUGGCAGCCAAACCCGAGACCAGGAAGGGAAAUCGCAACGCUACAGAGGAGCCGCCACCAGACAAUGGGCAUGGGGCAGGAAGGGGCGGAGCUAGGGAGGUGGCAGAGCGGCAGGAUUUAAAAACGGGGGGAGGAGAUAAAGGGGAAGGUGUGAAUGGUAAAGGCGAAAUGAGAGGUGUCAGUGGGGAGGCAGGGAAGGAGAGCCAGAGGCACAGGGUAAAGACCCAGAAGGAGGCCCCACUACAGCCUGGCAGUCCCCAGUGCGUGGGUGUUCAGGCAGCCUUGCCAGUGGCCAGCAGCGGGCAGAGCCAGUGGGUACCCACCCCGCGCACAGACGAAGCAGCCUGGGCAGCGGCAGCACUGGGCUUCCUGCUGGUACUGCUGACGCUGGCGGUUCUGCACACGCGUCUCUACCGGCACUGGCGUCGCCCACCCAGCCUGUACUGGCACCAGCCCGAGCAGGACCACGACAGCGUGGCAGAGGUGAUUCGCCGGAGGCUGAAGAUGAUGGGCCAGAGGAGGAAGAGGACGGCCAGCCAGCGCCGGGAGUACAGCCUGCUGCCCAGCUCCAGCAGCGAGGAGUCUGACUGACGCUCUCCUCUGGAAGGACUCGGACCCUGUGCUCUGCACAGUGCAAACUGCUUUAAACCCUGAUAUGCACUCCUAUGGGAGCAUCAGUAAGCUGUGUGCUUACCAGCAGCCCGUAUAACUCAGCAGAGAUGUAACCGGUUUAUCUGUGUGACCAUGACGACAUGUUCCGUUGGGAGCAGCCCAGCCUUUCUGAGCAGGAUGACACCUACUUUCUGUGUAGUGACGUCUUUACAGUGUUUGUCCAUGUUGCCAUAAAAACAGAGACGACGCCGUUCUCUGUGUUCAGCUCUACGCUGCUCGUUCUAGACCAGCGAGGGCCCAGCCUUGCAGCGAGCACGACACAGGCGUACAAAGAAAGUGCGAAUCACUGCCUACAUCACCACACGGUGGAGUGGUGGAAGUGCGGGGGGCUUCCAGACAGAGAGGGGGCGUGGGACCUGAGACUCCAAACGCUACGCACACGGAGCCUGGUGUUCAGGCCACAUCACAGCAGUAGGAGCUCUGUGUCCAGCCUUUAUUCCCACCUGACCCCACUGGGUCGAUUGUUGGUAUUUUUUAACAUCUUUUUACAUGUAUUUUAAAUUGAAAGAGCACAAUAAAAGUGUUUCUAUAAUGUAAUCAUA